GUUUGUUUUCCUAUUUCCUAUGGAAACUAGACUCUUUUAGUCGUUGACUAGCGUCUGCUUUACGCAAUAGGUACUAUGAACAGUAAUUAACACAGCAAUCAAUUCCCCUCCUUUCUUCCUUUUUUUUUUUUCUUUUUUUCUUUUUUUGCCAAUUCCCCACCCCCUUUUCUUCGAAUCAUCCUGGACAGAGAAAUUGUUAACAGAUGUUUUCUUCUUUCCUUAGAAAUUGAUCUGUUGUUCUCUAGCUUCAUGCUCAAACUUGACCGUGUUUUUAGUUUCUGAUAAAUUGAAGCAAAAGGAACUGUUCAAACACCAGCUUGAGAUAUAUUCCUCUUCCACCUCCUCAUGUCAUCGUUGCCAUCAUCAUCAUCUCCUUCUUCUUCUCAACAGAAAUAUGAUGUUUUCUUGAGUUUCAGAGGUGAAGAUACCCGCACAAAAUUCACCGAUCAUCUUUAUGCUGCUUUAAAAAGGAGUGGAAUCGAGACUUUCAUGGAUGAUCGAAAGCUUGAGGCUGGAGAAGAAAUCGCAUCAGAACUGUUUAAAGCAAUUCAAGAAUCAUGGUGUUCAGUAAUCGUUUUCUCAGAAACAUAUGCUUUUUCAGGUUGGUGCUUGGACGAGCUUGCAGAGAUUGUUGAACAGAAAGAAAAGAAGGGGCAUAAAAUUUUCCCAAUUUUUUAUGAAGUGGAUCCAUCUGAUUUGAGAAAACAAACAGGAAGAGUAGCUGAAGCCUUUGCCAAACAUGAAGAGAGAUGCAAGGAAAAUGAAGACAAGAUCCAAAAGUGGAGAGAAGCUUUGAGUGUAGUGGCUGAUAUCACGGGAUGGCAUUUAAAAAAAAGGUCUGAAUCAGAAUUUAUUGGAGAGAUUGUUACAAUGAUAUCAGCAAAAUUAUGUGAAACAUAUUCAAAUGUUCCUAAUGGGUUGGUUGGAAUUAACUCACGUUUGGAACAGUUGUAUUUGAAAAUAGACAUUGGAAAAGAAGAUGAUGUCCGCAUUAUAGGAAUUUGUGGAAUGGGCGGUAUUGGUAAAACAACUCUUGCAAGAGUUGUUUAUAAAAUGUUCCCUCAUUUUGAAGGUAAAAGCUUUCUUGGUGAUGUUCGACUUAAUUCAGAGAUAUAUGGACUUGUUCAUUUGCAAAAGCAACUUCUUUAUGAGAUUUUGAAAGAAGAUUUCAGGUUUUCAGAUGUUCAUGUAGGGAAUGAAAUCAUUAGUGGCAGGCUAUCACACAAGAAGGUUCUUGUUGUUAUUGAUAAUGUCGAUAAUAUGCAACUCUUAAAAUGCUUGGCUGGAAAGCAUGAUUGGUUUGGUUCAGGGAGCCGAAUCAUCGUAACAUCUAGAGAUGAACAUUUGCUACGAGUCCACGGGGUGGAUGAUGUGUAUCAGGCUACAACAUUGUGUUUUGAUGAAGCAAUUAAUCUUUUCACAUUAAACGCUUUCAAGAGUGAUAGAGUGCCAGGAAAUGAUAUAUUUGAUGAUUUCUUUGAGCUUUCUAAGCCUGUUGUGGGAUAUGCUGGUGGUCUUCCCUUAGCUCUUGAAGUUUUGGGAUCCAUGUUGUGGAAUAAAGAUGCUUCCCAAUGGAGAAGUGCAAUUGAAAGACUUAAAAAUGAACUUCACAAAGAUAUUCAUGAGACGCUUCAAAUCAGCUACGAUGGAUUAUCAGAGACACAAAAGAAUAUUUUUCUCGACAUAGCAUGCUUCUUCAACAGGGAAAAGAAAGAUUUUGUAACAAAAAUACUAGAUGGUUGUGAGUUUUCAGCGGGUAUUGGAAUAGAUGAACUCAUUGAUAAGUCCCUGGUAAAAAUUGAUGAAGACAACAAUUUGUGGAUGCAUGACUUGCUACAAGAGAUGGGAAGAGCAAUUGUUAGAAAAAAAUCUCUUGUUUAUCCUGGAAAACAAUGUAGAUUGUGGCUGGAAAAUGAUGUCUAUCACGUGCUAACAGAAAACACGGCCACGGAAGCAAUUGAAGGCAUGGUAAUUGACAUUAAAAGGGAACAGAACAAAGCGAUCACUUUGAAUGCUGAUGCCUUCUUGAAGAUGAAAAGACUAAGAUUGCUCAGAGUUUUUUGUCUCCCAAAUUUUCGUGAUCUCAAAUAUCUUUCUAAUGAGUUACGUCUUUUAGAUUGGAGUGAAUAUCCUUUCAGAUCCUUGCCUCCAAGCUUCCAACCAGACAAUCUUGUUGCACUUCUCCUAAUUGAUAGCCACAUUGAACGACUAUGGAAGGAAAACAGUUCUUUAUCUAAAUUGAAAUUAGUCGACCUCCAAGGCUCCGAAAACCUGAUACAGAUACCAGACUUCACAGGGGCUCCAAAUCUCGAAACUUUGAUUUUGGAAGGUUGCACCAGAAUAGUAGAUGUUCAUCCAUCUGUUAGAGUUCUAAGCAAGCUUAAACUUCUGAAUUUAAGACGCUGCAAAAGUCUUAGGAGUUUUCCAACCAAAAUAAUUGGAAUGAAAUCUCUUGAAGAAUUAAUUAUUUCGGAUUGCUCAAAAUUUGAAGGGUUUCCUGAGAUUGAUGGGGAAAUGAAAUGUUUGCAGGAGCUUCAUUUAGAUGGAACAGGCAUUGUAGAACUUCCCUCUUCAAUUGGACAUCUCAGCGGGCUCAAGCUUUUGAAUUUAAGAGGCUGCAAAAGUCUUAGGAGUUUUCCAACCAAAAUAAUUGGAAUGAAAUCUCUUGAACAAUUAAUUCUUUCUGGUUGCUCAAAUUUUGAAAGGCUUUCAGAGAUUGAUGUUGCAAUGAAAUGUUUGCAGGAGCUUCAUUUAGAUGGAACAGGCAUUGAAGAACUUCCCUCUUCAAUUGGACAUCUCAGCGGGCUUAAAAUUUUGAAUUUAAGAGGCUGCAAAAAUCUUAUAUCUCUUCCAACCAAAAUUGGAAUGGAAUCGCUUUACGAAUUAGUUCUUUCAGGCUGUUCAAAUCUUCAAAGGUUUCCAGAGAUUGAUGGCAAAAUGGAAUGUUUGCAGGAGCUUCAUUUAGAUGGAACAGGCAUUGAAGAACUUCCCUCUUCAAUUGGACAACUCGGCGGGCUUAAAUUUUUGAAUUUAAGAGGCUGCAAAAGUCUUAGAUCUCUUCCAACCAAAAUUGGAAUGAAAUCACUUGAAACGUUAAUUCUUUCAGACUGCUCAAAUCUCCAAAGGUUUCCAGAGAUUGAUGGCGAAAUGAAAUAUUUGCAGGAGCUUCAUGUAGAUGGAACAGGCAUUGAAGAAGACGAACUUCCCUCUUAUUGGACAUCUCAGCGAGCUUCGACUUUUGAAUUUAAGAGGCUGCAAAAGUCUUAGAUCUCUUCCAACCAAAAUU